UUCCUAAACAAGUGUUGUGUAUUAAAUGUGAUCUUUUUCUUUACUUAAGAGAGUGAUUUUUAGGAAUAUAAUAUCAAAUAGGUGUUUUAAGGGACUUGAAACUUCACAGGUGGCUUUUAAUGUAGGAUUUUAUUUUAAGCUUUUCUUCUCAGGUCUCUAACCAUUCCAUUUUUGGACUCGUGCAGGAUUUUUCUCUUUCAACCAUAAAGAAACUUUUGAUAAAGUGUCACCACUUUCCUGGAAAGUGAAUCAAAUAUGAGUUCAAAGUCGAUUAAAUGCACCAUUGAGAACUCUCAUCUUCUCAAAGGAGAAUCUUGAAAAUGAAUAUGAAUACUUAUAAGUUUAUAUUCUGUUUGAUUCACUUACUUCGAUCAAUAUCAAAAAUAUCGGCUUUGACAGACAGUAUCAUUACAUCCCAAUCUCUUAAAGAUGGCAAAACACUGGUUUCAGAAGGGGGGAGUUUUGAACUGGGUUUUUUUAGUCCAGGUAAUUCCAAGAAUCGGUACUUGGGAAUUUGGUACAAGAACAUCCCAGUAAGAACCGUUGUUUGGGUUGCAAAUAGACAAAAUCCUAUAAAAGAUUCGUCUGGCACACUGACGAUCAAUAGCACCGGUAGUCUUGUACUUUCAAGGCGGAAUAAUAGUGCUGUAUUGUACACAAAACCAUCGAAGGGCGCUCAGGAUCCAAUAUUACAGCUUUUAGAUUCAGGAAAUCUUGUUUUGAGAGAGAAUAUAGAUGGAAACACAGAUGUUUAUCUGUGGCAGAGCUUUGAUUAUCCAUCUGAUACGUUGUUACCCUAUAUGAAGCUCGGGUGGGACUUGAGAACUGGUCUUAAUAGGAGACUAUUUUCGUGGAAGAAUUCUGAUGAUCCAUCUCCUGGAAUGCUAAGUCGUGGGAUAGAACUUGCUGAAUAUCCUCAGAUAGUUAUGAGGAAGGGAUCAAGAAAGAUAUAUCGAAGUGGUUCAUGGAAUGGCAUGCAAUUUAGCGGUGGUCCUGAAUUAAGGCUCAACCCAGUAUUUGAAUAUAAGUUUGUGUUUAACCAGGAGGAGGUUUACUACAUGUACCAGCUCAAGAACAAAUCUAUAAUCUCGAGGCUUGUUUUGAAUGAAACCACUUCUUCACGUGAACGCUAUGUAUGGGUGGAAGCAGAUCAAUCUUGGAAGCUUUAUUCAGUAAUACCUCGAGACUAUUGUGACAAUUAUGCUCUAUGUGGCGCAAAUGGAAUAUGUUCCAUCAGUAAUUCACCAGUUUGCAGAUGUUUGGACGGUUUUAAACCAAAGUCAGCCCAAAGCUGGAACUCGAUAGACUGGUCACUUGGAUGCAUACGCAAUGAGACUCUAGAUUGCCAGAGUAAACAUGAUUUUAUGAAAAUUUCAGGCUUCAAACUGCCUGAUACUCCGUAUUCUUGGGUUAACAUGAGUAUGAAUCUUGAGGAAUGCAGAAAGACAUGCUUGAAGAAUUGUUCUUGUAUUGCCUACGCAAACUCAGAUAUUAGCCGACAAGGCACUGGAUGUAUCCUUUGGUUUGGAGAUUUGGUUGAUAUUAGAGAGAUUACAGAUGGGAGGCAAGAUCUUUAUAUAAGAAUUACUGCUUCAAACAGACCUUACAGACCUCCAGUGAAAAUACUAGUGGUGAUUGUGACUGCCAUUGCUGUGUCCUGCGGAGUGCUUCUUGUGAGUUACUGUGUUUGCAGGUGGAAGAUGAAAUCUGAAGAGGAAAAUAAUGGAGGAGACAACAUCAGUGAAGUAGCAAAUGAAGAUUUGGAUCUACCCUUAUUUAGCUUGGCUACACUAUCUCUGGCCACGGAGAAUUUUUCUGUAAACAUGAAACUCGGUGAAGGAGGAUUUGGACCUGUCUACAAGGGCACACUAGAAGACGGGCAAAACAUAGGUGUGAAGACAUUGUCAAAGUAUUCUGGACAAGGACCAAAUGAGUUCAAGAAUGAAGUUAAACUGAUCGUAAAACUACAACACAGAAAUCUUGUAAAGCUUCUUGGCUGUUGCAUUGAAGGCGAAGAAAAAAUGUUGGUUUAUGAAUACAUGCCCAAUGGAAGUCUGGACUCGUUCGUUUUUGAUCAAACAAGAGCAAAACUAUUAGAUUGGUCGAAGCGGUUCAAUAUCAUUUGUGGAGUUGCUCGGGGACUUCUCUACCUUCAUCAAGAUUCCAGGUUGAGAAUUAUUCAUAGAGAUCUCAAAAUGAGUAAUGUGUUACUUGAUAAAGAGCUGAAUCCAAAAAUCUCCGAUUUCGGAAUGGCAAGAACUUUUGUAGGCGAUCAAAGUGGAGAAAAAACAAAGAGAAUAGUGGGAACAUAUGGUUAUAUGGCUCCGGAAUAUGCAUUUUAUGGGUCGUUUUCCGUAAAAUCCGAUGUCUUUAGCUUUGGCAUUCUACUACUGGAGGUCAUCAGUGGAAAGAAGAAUCGUGGAUUUGAUCAUCCACAGAAUCAAAAUCUUAUUGGAUAUGCGUGGAGAUUGUGGACAGAAGGCAGGCCACUUGAAUUGAUUGAUUCAUUGCUGGAAAAUACAGGCAUUCGACCAGAGAUGUUAAGAUGCAUCCAUACAGGUCUCUUGUGUGUGCAACAAUCUCCAGAAGAUAGGCCAACAAUGUCAUCAGUGAUUUUGAUGUUAAAUGGAGAAAGUACAUUGUCUCAGCCAAAAUACCCUGGUUUUCUGAUAGAUCUGCUUCCAGGUGAAACUUGUCCUCUAACCAGCAACAAUGAACCUGGCUCGGCCAAUUAUUCUUCUAUUACGCUGUUGGAGGCUCGAUGACCAUGUCAUUCCCAUUGGAGAUCCGGUGAAUCACUACAAUAUUUGAUUCACGGGGUUGUCAUCAUUUCACACAAAUUUUUUCAUCAUCGUGUUAGAAAUUUUUUAAAAUCUUAUUCAUUGUAUUUAUAAUGCUCCAAGUGAGAACCACUUCAAUAGACAUAAAUCUGUAUCAAUCAAAUCAAGCUGUUGCCAUUUAUUUAUUUUUUUAAACCCAACGAAAUUUUCAUAUUUA